AUGAAUGAAAAGAGUAAAAAUGACAAUAAAAGUAAAAUUUACUUUCCUGGUGAUGAGAUAUGCGAAAAUACUGGUUACAUAAGAGGUCAUGGAACCAAUUUGAGAAAAGGAAAAAUCGUAUCAUGUUACUAUGGUACGUUAAAUCAAAUAAACAAACUAAUUACUGUUAAACCCAAUCAUUUUGUUAGACAUAAAUGUGAGAUUGGUGAUAUUAUAAUUGGAAGAGUAAAAGAAAUAUACAAUAGAAAGUGGAAGAUUGAAGGAAAUUGUAGCAAUGACACAACUAUAGCAUUAGGGGCAGUUAAUUUACCAGGUGUUACUCAGAGAAGAAGAAUAGAAGCAGAUGAAAUGGAAAUGAGAAAUAUUUUUACUAUCAAUGAUUUGGUGGUCAGUGAAGUACAAAAAGUAGCAAAGAAUGGCAACACAUCUUUACACACAAGAAGUGAUAAAUAUGGGAAACUAACAAAUGGUUUAUUAAUUACCAUACCAAUAGAAAAGUUUAAAUCAUCAGAAAUAAAAUUUGUUAAUACAGAAAAAAUUUCUACUAUAAUCGGUAAUAAUGGUUUUAUUUGGAUUUCAGGUGAUAUAGAUACAAUUAUUGAGGUUAGAAAUAUAAUUACAAACAAAUUAAACAAGAUUAAUGAGUUAAUAAAUGUGUAUGAAAUUAUUCAAUCAAUUAAAUAA